AUGGAGAAGAAGGAGAAAGAAAAGAUGGAGAAGGCGAAGGGAGAUGGAAAGAAGCGCGAUGAGAAGAAGAACAACAAAGCCAGCAAGACCAAACUGGCCACCGGUGGGGGCAGUCAGACGAAGAGAGGCAAGUCGGCGCACAAGGCGGUGGGUCGUCACGGCUCCGGACACCGCCAUCACCACGACAGCAAACACAAACACCACUCAAAGACCAAGGUGGGCGGCGGGGUUUCGAAAACACGAGCCAAGGGCUCGUCUGCCGUGAAGAAGAUCAAGUCACUGGCGAAGAACGUGAACAGCGGCGGCGGCAAGUCGUCUGGGGUGAAGCGGGCCAGCAGUCAGCAGCGCGGCGCCUCCUCCUCCGUCAGAUCGGGAGCUCCGAAGAGCGGCCUGCAGAGCAAGUCGACCAGCGGGGCGGCGAAGAAGAGGGGCAAAUCGCCGCUGAAGAAGGCCAAGUCGUACACGAAGGCGCAGCCACUGCUGGCGGUCAAGUCCUCGGUGAAGCAGAGCAAGACCAAGCUGGGGCUGGCGUCGGCAGCUCAGAAGGGCAAGGCAGCUCCUCCUGCUCCCUCGGGCAGGGGCGAGUUCCCCAAGGUGAAGGCGGUCUCCACUGUGGCGAAGACCAAGUCCUUUGUGGGCGUGAAGGUGCCCGCCAAGGCGACCAAGUCUUUCACCAAGACACCGGUGAAGAAGAGCGCCAUUCCAGUGGACUCCUCCUCCAAGAGCGCCAAAACGGUCAGUAGUAAGCUGGCGGAAAAGACAAAGUCGUCCGUUCCGAAGAGCAAACUUGGUGAGGUGAAGCCCAAGGAGGUGGUCGUCAAAUCUUCUGCUACCUCAAAGAGCGUCUCGGUGAAGAAGGUGGCGGAGAAGGUCGCCGCAGAGAAGGUGCCGGAGGAGCCGGCCAAGUCGACUAAGGAGGUGGUGUCGAAGAGCAGUGCUCCAGCUAAGGAGGAGAAAUCGAAAUCUGAGGCAGCAAAGGCAGCCGUCGCCGUGCCCAGCGCCUACAAUGACCUGACGUUCAUUCCGCCGCCUCUUUCACCGCCGCCUUCACCCCCAGCUCCUCCGCCUGCAGUGAUGGCCGCCAAGAAGGCCAAUGAGUUUGUCGGGAAGGAGGUGAUGGUGAAGAAGCUGGUCAAGUCCUCCAUGGGAGAGCCCACUGGUCGUGGAGAGCCGAUGAAGAUGAGGAAGAUCAAGCUGAAGCAGAAGCGUCGUAAGAUGCCAGUGGUCGCUCCCAUUGCCGCCAAACCGCCGCCGCCGCCUGAGACUGCCAAGUCUGACAAGUCAAAGUCGGCUCCAAAGGUGGUGAAGAGCGAGAAGGAGGUGAAGUCAGUUGGCCCAAUGGAGGAGAAGGUGGUGGGGGAGGUGGUCAAGUCGAAGAAGGAAGGCGCCGAAGAGGCUGCAAAGCUGGUGCCCAAGGAAGAAGUGCUCAAGAGUGACGGCAUCAAGGAGGGUGAAAAGGAGGCCGUCAAAGAG